CCAGCAUUAUUAGGGACGUUGUCACAUAUUCAUUAUUGAUCUCUUCACAAGUGGUGAGGAUUCUAUACCACCUACGAAAUGAGUAUCUUCAGGAUUAGAAAAUGCCUUCUUACCAAGGUUCUACUCUGCAUCACUACUAUCAUUGUGUUUUAUUCUGGACAGCAAUCCUCCAAUUCAUUUGUUGAUUUUGUAAAAAAUGCCCUUCUGCCGCUGGACCGUAUCUUCUCUCCACCGCCAGACGACGACCCAUGGUUUCAGAAGCGCUUCAUCAGAUCUAUCAAACCAUUUCUGACGAGAGAGAACAAGGAACUCCCCGAUGAUACCAGAACGUGGUGGCGGGAAAUCCAGAAUGACAAUAGCACAGGCAAAUUCAGCGAGGUGGUGGAGAAGUUGUUCCAGGUCAUCCCUGAUCCUGACCUCCACAUGGACGCGGGCCAUGAGCGCCAUGGAAGCUGUGCUGUGGUGGGGAACUCGGGGAACCUCAAGGGUUCCCACUUGGGAGCCCUCAUAGACUCCAGUGACGUCGUCAUAAGAAUGAACAAGGCUCCUACCUCUGGCUAUGAGGGGGAUGUUGGGAAACGGACCACGUAUCACGUCAUGUACCCAGAGAGUGCAAUAGACCUGGACAAUGCCACUAGGUUCCUGUUGAUCCCUUUCAAGACUCUGGACCUUCAGUGGCUACCAGGCGCCAUGACCACUGGGUCUCACAUCACUUUGUCAUAUUUACCACUUAGAAAGAAGAUAAAGGCCAACAAAGAUUUGGUAUUGGUUCUGAAUCCUGUGUUUAUGAAAUAUGUUCAUGAAACCUGGCUUGACUAUCAGGGCAAAUACCCCUCCACUGGAUUCAUGGCUUUGAUAUUAUCCCUACACAUCUGUGACAAGGUGAAGGUGUAUGGAUUUGGGAAAGACAAAGAUGGGAACUGGCACCACUACUGGGAAACCCUAGUCGAUAAAAAUCUCCAAACUGGAAUACACGAUGGAAACUAUGAGUACAACGUCACCAUGAGGCUCUCGGAAAUGCACAAACUACAGUUAUUUAAGGGAUUUCGCUUAUAAUUCAUAAAGACAAUUUCCCUUACAGCUGUAUAUACACUAUAAAAAGCUUUUUAUUAAAGCGGAUUAAUCAAAUAGGUUUUAGCCUAUUGUCUACAUUGCACAGCAUUUACGUGCUCAAAUACCUUAUUCUUUUAUCUGCACUACCGUUUUUGGUUUUGUGUGAACUUGAACAAUGUGGGGCCAUACUUAUGAACUUUGGCUUAGACCAUGGUUUAACCAUUGGUCUAAAAUGGCUAGCUUGUCUCAUAGGCCAACCUGGCCAAAUUAGCCACGAUGCUGUGGACGGCCAGCAGAUAAUGAUAUGCAGUAACAAAUUCCGUCUCGGCCAGUUUAAAAUUGGCAUGACCCAAUGCGUUUUUUCGCUAAUGCAUCCUUAACAGAAGUCCACUGGCACGUUCUUCUACUCAAAUUAACUGCAUCACAUGCAAAAAUCUGUCUGGAUGAUUACCUCAGUGUAAGACUCCUAGUUCCUGACAAUAUUCACCACCUGUGACGUAAGUAUGAAUCUCCCGUGUUAUAAUUUUUCUGUUUCAACCUGUGAACUUGUUAAGCAAACUACAGCCGUCAACUUAAAAAUGAAGCCUAAGAAUGAAUUUCAUAAAGCGCUAGGCCUACGACUUCAGCCUUCACCAACACUGCUACUAGGGCCUAAUAAUAUCUCAGCCUCAUGAGGCUGCAUGGAUGUGUACUCUAGACUACAUGUAAGUUAGGGCUACAAUGUUUUUAUAAUCAUUAUCUAGCCUACCUUGUUUAACAGUGUAAAUUGACUGGUCUGGCUAGGUUCACCAAGUGUCCAGUAAAGGGCGAAGCUACUCCAGAAAUCCGCUGAGGUGAAGCCUCAUGGCUUCACUACUUAUGAAGCCCAUUCAGUAAGCGACUGACUGCUCUCCUAUUCUCUAACACAUGCUAUUGACUGACUGCUCUCCUAUUCUGUAACACAUGCUACUGACUGACUGCUCUCCUAUUCUGUAACACAUGCUAUUGACUGACUGCUCUCCUAUUCUGUAACACAUGCUAUUGACUGACUGCUCUCCUAUUCUGUAACACAUGCUAUUGACUGACUGCUCUCCUGUUCUGUAACACAUGCUAUUGACUGACUGGCUUAGCCUAUAUAGACAUUCAGAUCGACAAUAGAGCCAUCUUCAUUGUCAUGGACGUGUUAUUUGCUGGGCUAGCGUAUAUCAACACGAUAGCCUAUUGCCGGUUUAAAUAGCUAUUGAAAGCAAAAUGAUGUCAAAUGGUGUUGAUAUAGGCAAGCCUAGCCUACUAUAGGUUGAAUGUUACACGUAUUCACCCCAGAUAGUGUCCCCCUAGAUAUAACCUAUUGCAAAUGGGACUUUAGUUCAGCCUACACUUCAAAUAUUUAUUAGGCCUACACUAAUUCUGGUUGUAUUGUGAAUCGAAGAGCAGGUAACACGAAGUAAAUAAACAUUAAAGGAGCUUGGAGUCACUCCGACUGAAAGGCUUUAGGGUUAGGCCAAAAAAUAUUACAUAUAUUAGUCACUACAAUGAAUAUUGGUGAAAUUACAUGUGUACACUUAAUUGUAUAAGGUUUUUAUAUGCAUUUUGAUCAUCGCCUACUUUUGUUCUAUUUCCCUCGAGGGCCGGCAGUGGAGGGUUCUCUCCUUAAAAACCAUCUGCCCCAAAUGGGAUUCAAACUCACAGCCACAAUUUAUUUUCUUUUUUUACCUUUAUUUAACUAGGCAAUUCAGUUAAGAACAAAUUCUUAUUGUCAAUGACGGCCUAGGAACAGUGGGUUAACUGCCUUGUUCAGGGGCAGAACGACAGAUGUUUACCUUGUCAGCUCAGGGAUUCGAUCUUGCAACCUUUAGGUUUAUUUAGAAUUUAAGUUACAUUGUAUCACAGACCUGUAGCCUACUGUCCACCACAGAUUGUUUGUGGACUGAUUUGCGGAGUACGCGCACAGGUCACGUCAACAUGGGUAUCUAAUAGGUACGUAUUCUCAGGGAUUUCUAUGUUGAUGGGUGUUUUCAAAUGUUUUUGUGUGAAAUGUUUUAUGCUAAACUUCUGAUAUGUUGAAAUAUAUUAAGCAUUGGCUGUUAUGAUAACUAUGAAAAAAUAUUGUUUGUGAAGGGAAGUAUUCAUUUUAAAGAUGCACUCUCAAAUGUUUGUUUAAUUUCAGAUAGUUUUGAGAGGUGCUCAUGAGCUAAAAGGGGUCCCCAUUUAUUUUAUUUUUUUGUGUGUACUACGUCAUUAAUUUAGUUAUUUUAUUUUUUACAAAAUGUGUGAUAUCAUACAUCUUCAUUCUGCAACUUGACUAAGUCAGUGUUUACUGUGUUUUUGAUUAUGUAUAAAAAAUAAACUGAAAUAUCACAUUUACAUAA